CUGGCCGUGUAGAGAGUCACGCGGUGUGUUAGGGGGAGGAGACAUACACUGGCAUACUACCAAAUAGAAAAAAGUCAAGAGUCGACCGCUGUCCAAAGUAUCUUGUCGGCUCUCAACUGUUCACCUUAUAAAAUGAAUAGUAUAUAUGUCUAAUUCUAACGAUGGGAUUUAUACAUGAUCGCUAUGGGAUAGAGCAAAGGAUUAAUAACAAGGAAUUAUUGGAUGAAUCUGAUCUGAGAGUGUCAUUCCUCGGUUCGGAGUACUGGAGAAGUUGUAACUAUCGGAAGGAUGAAAAUACUUUGACUUUAUCACCAUCUAUGUAGUGUUUUCACAUCUUCGAAAAUAAUGUACCAUGAUUUUGUGGAUUCUAGUAACUUUUCAUCUAAUGGUAUGUAAAUUCUCUGUUAGGAUAGUCACAGCGGAGGUCCGACUCAAAAGGACGGUGGUGGGGCACUACCCCGUGUGUCCCCGGGGGUGUACCAGUUGCUCACGGUUUAACGGGUGUGUCACCUGUCGACCACGCCUGUUUUUGUUCCUGGAGAGAAGAGGUAUGAGACAAAGAGGCGUGUGUACCCACAGUUGUCCACCAGAUUAUUACGGGGUCCGACGUCAGGAGUACAGCGUCUGCUAUCAUUGUCAGAUUCCGAAUUGUGAGACGUGCUUCAACCAGAACUACUGUACCCAAUGUCGGCCUCCAUAUAUAUCCUACAGGGGGCGCUGUAUCGAACGAUGUCCAGACGGACUACAUUAUGCAAAUUAUUCCAAAGACUGUCGCAUGAUAGUCGACUGUAUGGUGGGACCAUGGGACCCGUGGGGACCGUGCACGCGGAAUGGUCAAACGUGUGGAUACACAUACGGAAUAGCCACACGGACACGACAGAUUCUGGAGCAUCCGUCUCCAAACGGAAUAAGUUGUCCGGCUCUGGCAGAGAAUACUUGCUGUCGCAUGACGAUGCGACAUUGCGCAGAUCUGUUACUCAAUAACUCAGAUCUUACGCUUGAGAAAAGGAAAAAGCCAUUUGGAAAACGAAAGAGACGACGGAGACGAAAAAAGAAACGAAAGUACAGAAAAAGAAAAAGGGGAAAGAAACGAAGACGCGGAAGAAAGAACAAACAUCGAAAUAGAAAGAGAUUACAAAGAAAACGAAAACAAAGAUUACAAAAAAAGGCAUGGGAAGUGUUUUGUGGCCGCGACCGAGUGUAUAAUGAUAUUCAUAUUCUUUCUAAUGGAUAAAAAUGAGGGCAUACAUCUUAUGUGUCUCGUUAGUGCUAUACAAAAGUGUAUGGUGGAUCGUUCCCUAAAGAACCUAUUAUUAUAUAUUAUACAGGUUCAAGUGAACGUACUGUGAAUACAGACCCAGUAAUGGAUCAAGGUUCUUCUGUUAGUGAUUGUGAGAUCGAGAAUGACUAGGUGUU